AUGGCCCUCGAAGCCCCGUCCAGCGACGCGACAGCGCCCCUCUUCAGCCCGGAACUCAUCUCCCCCGAGGUGCUCAAGGCGCUGCCGGAAGGCUACACAUGCCGCCCGAUCCAGCGCCAGGACUAUCACAACGGCUUCCUAGAUGUGCUGAGGGUGCUUACUACGGUUGGCGAUGUCACUGAAGAGGCCUGGAACGAGCGCUACACCUGGAUGUCGAACCGCAGCGACUCAUACUACCUCCUCGCCAUCCUCGACACCAGCUUGCGCAUCGUCGGCACCGGCGCGCUCAUCGUCGAGCGCAAGUUCAUCCACAACCUCGGCGUCGUCGGCCACAUUGAGGACAUCGCCGUCGCCAAGGACCAGCAGGGCAAGAAGCUCGGGCUGCGCAUAAUUCAGGCGCUAGACUUCGUGGCCGAGAAGGUCGGCUGCUACAAGUCCAUUUUGGACUGCUCGGAGACCAACGAGGGGUUCUAUGUCAAGUGUGGGUUCAAGAGGGCCGGGCUGGAGAUGGCGCAUUACUAUGGACGAUAG